UUGGCAGCUAUGGUAAUGUAUUGACUUCUGCAGUUUUAUUAUAUAUAUAUAUAUGUAGACUGUAUGCACCAUCUGGAUAUCUCAGUGUGUUAGUGGUGAGUCUGGAUUUUGGAAACUAUACCAUGGUUUUACGCUCAUGAUUUAUGCAACUUGAUUAAAAUUAACAGAGUUGUUUGGGGGCAUUUUCAUGCCUCCUGCUACAAACAAAGGAGUACAGCAGGAGGCUUGGAGAAGCAUAUAAGCAUAUCGAGAAGAGAAAUCUGAGCAGCCUCUCUAAAUGGGCAAUGCAGUAUCUUCAAAAUUCAGGGCAACACUGGGACUAGCCUAGGAUGGAAUUUCUUACUUCGGUGGACUGCAUAGAAUGAUGGAUGUAAGAGCACCAGAGGCCUGCUACUUCACCACCUUGUUCUCAGUGGCCAAACAGAUGGCUACAUGAUCCACAGACCCCUUCAAAUCUCUGGGGUCGUUCCAGACUUAGUCAUACUUAGAAUAGGCUCAUUGGGAUCAAUGGGAUUAGUGUUGGUGAUGACCUGCUUAAGUGUCGUUGAUAUCAGUAGGUCUACUUUAAGCACGGCUAAGUCUGAUACCAACUUUUGUCGCUAGAUAUAAUCCCAUAUGGGACCUAGGUGGCGCUGUGGUUAAACCACUGAGCCUAGGGCUUGCUGAUCAGAAGGUUGGCGGUUCAAAUCCCUGUGACGGGGUGAGCUCCUGUUGCUUGGUCCCAGCUCCUGCCAACCUAGCAGUUCGAAAGCACGUCAAAAUGCAAGUAGAUAAAUAGGAACCGCUACAGCGGGAAGGUAAACGGCGUUUCCAUGUGCUGCUCUGAUUUGCCAGAAGCGGCUUUGUCAUGCUGGCCACAUGACCUGGAAGCUAUACGCCGGCUCCCUCGGCCAAUAAUGCGAGAUGAGCGCGCAACCCCAGAGUCGGUCACGACUGGACCUAAUGGUCAGGGGUCCCUUUACCUUUACCUUAUAAUCCCAUACACUUACUUGGACGCAGGCCUCACUGAACUCACUGAGCAAACAUGCAUAGGAUUUCACUGUUUUACCAUUGAAAUCAAGGACAGAUACCAACUGGAAGAAAUGUAUCCUUUUAGAAUGCUGAUUGAAGGAUAACCCAUCUUUAGCAGGAGCCAAAAAAGCAAUGGAACAAGCAACUGUCUAAUAUGCAGUGGGAAGGAGUUCCAGAGGGCACAUUAUGCAGAACAGGUCUCCUGAUCAGAUGAUAUCUGCAGAAUGCAGUGGUCGGUUGGGGAUGAGACAAUAUUUUAGAUAUCCUGGUCUCAAGCUGCAUAGGGCUUUUUACACCAGCACCUUGAACCUAGGACUAAUCAACGACUGCAUUUUUAGAUCCUUUACUGCAGCAAUGGGGAACCUGAAGCCCACCAAAUAUGGUUGGUUUACAACUCACAUCAUCCCAGGCUGGCUGGGGCUGAUGGGAUUUAGAGUCCAACAAAAACUGGAAGGGCACAGAUUCCACAGCCAAGGAAUGCCUUCCCAUCAGGUGUCAAAUAAAUAACUAUCUGACUUUUAGAAGACAUCUGUAGGCAGCCCUGUUUAGUGAAGUUUUUAAUGUUUGAUGUUUUACUGUGUUUUUAAUAUUCUGUUGGGAGCCGCCCAGAGUGGCUGGAGAAGCCCAACCAGAUGGGUGGGGUAUAAAUGUUGUUAUUAUCAUUAUUAUUGCAUAAUAGAUAUCGUGAGGGCAAACUUCAUGAUUAUAGAGCCUCCCCCCACCCCCAAAUUCCCAGUCCACCAGCCGGAGACUAGGAAUUUGUUUUCAGUACAAAAACUGAGCUCACAGUCUUUUCCUUCAAUCUGUUAGUACUGGGAGUCAGAAAUCUUUGGUGAUUUACUGUAAAUCACCCUGAGAUUAACCAGUAGAUACAGACCUACAUUCUGCCCUUCCCUGGCAGAAUGUGGUGGUCUGGCAUUUUUUUUAUUGCCAAGGGUGUGUAGGCUUGUUAUCACCUCACUCUUAUGUAUCCUGGCAGCUACCGGUAAUAUACAAAGAGAAAUAGAAAACUGUUAUGCAGUGCCACCUUGUGAGUGCAUACCCCACACAAUCUUUAUCUAUGGAGUGUCAUCUAUCUUCUCCCUCUGUUACAUUUGAAUGGAAACUUCUCCCGAUGAAGUGCUUUAAUUACAAUUUAUUAGCAACAGCUAACUUAUUUUUGAUACAGAUCAGGCUGGGAAAUAUUAGCUGAAAAAGGAGGGCAUUCAGUUGUGAGGAUUUUGCGGGUGUAUCUUUUUCCCCUAGCAGUUCAUUGUGUUAAGUGAAUGUGACAACUUGAGCUUCGAUUCUCGGAGCAUACUGAAUUUGAUUUUAAGGUGCCAUCGCUGUAAUCUGAUGUUGAAAGAUCUUGACAGGCUGCAAUAAAUAGUUGCCUCUGCAAAAUGACAUCAGCUGCCUUUGCAUUAACUGGAAAAUAGACAUUCUUAGUGGCUGCAUGUUUACCCGAGCAUGAGCAUCAUCCAGAGCUAAUAGUCAUUGACUUUGAUACCUUUUGGUGGACAGGGUUCACCAAGCGGAGAUUGUCUUGUGGCAUGCCACCCCAAUCCCCGUGCAGUGCGAGAUUCUAGGGGUUCCAGGCACUUACCCAGGAUUUGGCUUCCCUGGAAGGAGAGACUGUGGAGACUGUGGUGUCUUUAUGAAAUAUUGUUUUAUUUACACCUAUAUACAACCUGAGCCUACAGGGGAGGGGCCACAGCAUUAACACCCAGAAAGUAUUGCUUCUCCCAUUGUAACAGCCUUGGAUCCAAGCAGGUAUUCAGCAUGGCUCUCCCUCUCAGGCAUCUGCCUGUAGCCUGCUUGUAGCCCAGUUCAAACAUAUAGGUGACUCCCCACUUACACAGGGGUUACGUUCCAGCCCCCCCUUGCAGAAGUGAAAUUGUGUAAAGCACCCACUAAACACCUUUUAAUUGUCCUCUUUUCCCAUAGAAUGUGCUAUUCAGUUUCUCUGCCUCGUUUCAUUUGCCAGCCCUGGUCCUGCAAAAGAGGAGAUAGCUGAACUGUAAUAUGAUUUUAUAGUUUUAACUCAUUUUUAGUUUCGUUGUAUUAAGUCUCCUGCACACUGCUUAGAGACAACCAUAGUCAGUGGUGAACAAUUUUUAAAAUGCACAGAGGCCCCAAAGCAGAAAGCACUGAAUACAGCAGAAAGGGCGAAACAAGGAACAAACGACCAGUAACGUAUUGUUUUGUUCCUCCUAAAGCCAUUCUUCCCACCCCAAGAAAAGGGAAGAGAGAGAAAGACAUUUCUGAGUAAGAGUACCUCUUAGCUCAGCCUAUACCUCUUUUUACAUGCUGCCAUGGCCUCUGGUCUAUAUACUAUUAUCACACUUCUCUGGACUCUUCAAGAUGGUGGGACUCUCCACGUGCAUAAUGACCAUCUAAUCAAGAUUGCUUUUGCCAAUGAAGAAAUUAAUGCACUCUGCAAAACAAACCUGAUUUAUAAACCAGAUUAUUUAAAAUUCAACCUUAGCUAUUAUCGGAUUGACUCGAAAGGCAAGGAGAUCAGUGUCAUGGAAUCUCAAAAGUCUGUGUUAAUUCCUCCCGGUCGUGAGAACACGUCAGUGACAUUAAUUUAUCCAUUUAAAAUAAAGUCUUCUAUACAUUCCUCUGUUUCUGGUACCUACUACUGCAAAGCUCUUUGGAUAUUUAAAAACCAAGUAAGAAGAGGAAAUGGGACAUUUAUCCUUUUCAGAGAAAAAGGAUAUACAGAGCCCUCUCUUACCAUGUGGAUGUGCCUUAUCACCAUCACCAUUAUUUUGACUGUUGCAAGCAUCAUGGGAACUGUCCUGCUGUUCUGGAAGAGAGAGUGGAGACAGAUCAAGAAGUGCCCUGCUCAGAGGCCAGCCCCUCCACACACUUCAGGCAGCUCAGAACCCCCAGAGCCCUCAUAUGUUGAAUUAGGACCCCGGGAGCCUGAUGUCUAUUUUGCCAUUAAUAAAAGUACAGAUAGUCCAUUGCACAAAAAGGUGCCAGCAGUCAAGGUGUCUCGACAGAAAACGCAAGAAAUCACAGAUGUGUAUGAGAACAAUACAGCAGAUUUGUAUGAGAACAUCUAAGGAGAAAGAGCUACACUGCACAGCCUGCCUUUCUCCAGAGCUCAAAAGAAGGUUCUGAAUUCUCAACAUGGAGCAAGCCAUACAUGUUGUAUAAAGCAAAAUGUUCUACUGAUGUAGAUACAGGUAAUACUGAUACACACCAACACAUGGAACAGCCCAAUAUUUUUCCUAGAAAAUCCAGCUCUUUGAGACGCAUGCUUUCUACUGAAGAGAAUGGGCUAAUUAAGUGGGAAUGGGAGCAUCAUGCAAGAAGAGAGAUUUGGGAGAAGAAAAUGGGAAUCUCCCGAGUUUGCUAUGAUUUUUUAAAAAUUAUUUAUGCUUUUCAAUUAUAUACAUUUCACUAGUUUUACAAUCAUUCUAACUCUACUUCCUCCUCCUUCUGUGGUUCCUUAAAUUUAGUUUUUUACAUUUCCUACAUACAGUACUGUAUUCUAAAUUAACUUACUUAUUUAUUUGUCUACUUUAAAUACAGUAUAUACUCUUAUAAAACUGCAGGUUAUUACAAUAAUCCUGCCAAUGUUCUUAUCUGUAUACAGUUUGUUUGCAGAUAUUCAAUAAACCAUUUCCAUUCUUUUAUUUACAAUUUGUGAUAUUGAUUUCUUAUUUUUCCGGUAAGUUUCUCCAUUUCUGUAUAUUCCAUAAGUUUUUGUAUCCAUUCUUCUUUUGUCGUGACUUAUUAAUGCCGUUUUGGGGCAAAUAACAUUCUUGCCACUGUAGUCGCAUACAUGAAUUAAUUUCUAUACUGUUUAGUA